UUUGAAUCGUGGGUUUGUGCAGCCGCCAAGGCGAAGCGCAGGAGGUAGCAGCCGCCGGCGGCAGCCCCGGAGCAGCGCCCCCGGACAGCCCCCUCUGCGCCUGGGCUCACCCCCAGCCCUCCUCCCCGGCUCCCCGCAGCCCAUCGCCCUGCAAGGGUGCGCUCCGCCCGGCGACACACGCAUCGGCCAGCCCUGCCCGUAGCCUGAACAUGUCCGAGCCCACCGCCUCGGCUGGCGACAAGGAGCCCGGGCAGCAGGGCCGGCGGCUCUUCGGGCUGCGCUGGGGCCGCCUGGAGGAGCCCCUGGGCUUCAUUAAGGUGCUGCAGUGGCUCUUUGCCAUUUUUGCCUUUGGAUCUUGCGGCUCUUUCAGUGGGGAGACAGGGGCUACUGUGAAAUGCAAUGAUGACCUGAAAGAGAUGACUGCCAUCUCUGUCCAGUUCGGAUACCCUUUCAGGUUAUCCAGGAUUCCCUUUGAGAUGCCUGUCUGCGAGGGCAACACCACUAAAAGGACUCUGCAUCUCAUGGGGGACUUCUCGGCCCCCUCCGAGUUCUUCGUGACCCUGGGAGUCUUCUCCUUCCUCUACAGCAUGGCAGCCCUGGUGAUCUACCUGCGAUUUCACUCCCUUUACACAGAGAACAAGAGGCUUCCCUUUGCGGAUUUCUGCGUGAGCGUCUCCUUCACCUUCUUCUGGCUGGUGGCAGCUGCAGCCUGGGGCAAAGGCCUGUCAGAUGUGAAGGGGGCCACGCGGCCGUCCAGUCUCAUCGCCGCCAUGUCCGUGUGCCAUCUCAAACAGGCGGUGUGCAACGCCGGGGCCACGCCAGCCAUGGGGCUGGCCAACAUCUCCGUGCUCUUUGGCUUCAUCAAUUUUAUCCUGUGGGCUGGAAACUGCUGGUUUGUGUUUAAAGAGACCUCGUGGCACGUGCAGGCCACCAACAAGGAGAACUCUGCUGAACAGGGAGCCAUCGACAAGCAAUAAAGACCCUCUCUGCCUGCCCACCCCCCUCGAGACCUCCUCCCACCCUGGACAGCCGGUACCUUGUCACAUACUUGCCUUCAUCCCAGCGCUGUGGGACCGUGUUCUGUGCAAGCUCCAUCCUCAUGUUGGCAUCUCUCCUGAGUAUUCUGGGAUGCCCGCCUAUGAGUGACUGGCAGGCGGGAGUCCUGGCUCAGUCCCAGGUAUACAUAACUCGUUGCAGACUCCAAGGUUCUGGUAGCAGGGUUUAUUAUUUUUGUUAAUAAGUGUAAUUUAUUUGUUUCUGCGUUCCUGGCCCCCGAGCCUGCGACUGUGUGGAAUUGCUCUUCACAGCUGCUGUGAUGAGCCUAAACCAAUCAGGAGUUUAGAUGCCACAAGAUGGGGUAUGGAGUCACUUUCAGGUGAGAGUGGAUGCUCUGGGGAGACCUGAGACUGGGGCACUACAGGACCACCCCUCAUGCAAGAGCACCCCCUACUGCCCAACCAUGGAAAGGCAGAGGCUGUCUCAGACCUACCCCCUACUUGACUAGGAACAAGGGAGACAGACUAAGAUGCAGAAAGGGAAGGUGGAGAAUAUGCUGUUUCUUGCUCCUGGGAGGAGAAGGCCGGUAUAUUUCUCCUCUUCCCUUCUGCCUGCCGCAUUGUGUAUGUCCUGGAGAAAGCUAAUGGAGGGUUUUCAGCUGCCCUUGAACUCCAGUUUGGCUCAGUGGGAGACCACGCAUUAGGCCAGAUAAUCUAGUGUAACAGCAGCUUGACACGGGGGUGUGAUCCUGCCCUUGCCGGACAGUGAUCUAGGAGAGCUUUCCCAUCUCUGAUCGCACACACGGGCAAUGCGGGGGGUGGGCGGUUCCUUACUCAGAUCUCCAGAUCGUUCCUCUGCCCAAGGCAGCCCUUUUAGCAGCUCUUGGUGCUCAUCCCCUCCCUGUCCUACAGCUGAGGAGCAGCCCCAGAUUCCUCUGAUCCCUCCUUAUAAAACCUCCGAGUGUGUGUGAGUGUCUGCUCCAUCAGCUCCCCGAGGGGCAGCAGCAGGGGACUGACCCUCUCCAGUGCCCUGAGCCAGAGAGCUUUGCUUGGCUCCUAGGAGACUUUUCUCGCAGCCUAGUGGAGGAUCCACUAGCCGAGUUCAUGACCCUAGGCCCUAGGCAGAAGGACCCAGGGCUGAGCUGUGCUGACACUGGCACAAGCAGAAGGGAAGCUUUGUCCAAACAGAGUUUUCAGAUCAUAGUCAGUCUCCUUGUCUGCAGUAGUAAUGCCCUCCCCUUACCCCACUGGCACUACACCAGCUGCUCCUACUAGUCCUGUCCCUGGAGCCCAGCAACACUGAUUGGUGACAGAGCCCCUGAACAGUACUGUCAUCCCCCCGGCCACUGGGGCACUAGGCAGCUGGCCCCGAGCCCAUUGGCAUUGUAACCCCUGACCCCCCAAGGUGCUCUGUGCUCCCGGAGCCGCUGGGCAGAAUGGUAGCGUAGCAUCCCUGGUCCCAAAGAUAGCCCUGCUUUGUUCUCGGAGAAGGGGCUUGUUCAGCAGGUGCUUUAGUGCCCUGAACUCUGUAAACCCCUCUGAGCCUCAGGGCAUUGCUCUGUUGCAAAGGGCUCACUGCCUCCCCUAGAGACAGGCGAGAGCUUUGGUUCAGGGGCCCGGGGAAUCCAGGCUCCUCGCUGACUCUUCUGGUCUUACUCUCUCCCUUUCCUCCUCCUCCCCCACGAUGGGGGUGCCUCCCUUCUGCUGAAGGAGAGACUGGUGUUAAUGGUGCUUUGUUAGCUGGGGACCUUCUGUUCAGCAAAGACCCAAUUCCUGCAUAUUUUGUACAUUUCCCCUCGCCAGCACCUCUCGCCCCUCUACGGCAGCCAGGCUCUGGCCAGUUGUAGGGAGCCCUGUGGUGUCUCUGCCCCAGAACCGCAGGGGACUGAGCCCCACACAGCUGCGAUGCCCAGUUCCCUGCAUCACAGCCCCAGUGCCACAUGCGUGGUCCUUAUUGUGGCCACGGGAUGCCCUGCAGGACAAGAGAAUCGACCAAUCUGUUGCUGGAGGGCUUCCCCUUCCCCACCCAGGCUUCCCAUCCAGCCGGCCCUGGGCCGACUUCUCCUGUCCUUGAGUUCCUAGAGGUAGGUAUAAACCCUCAUGUUUCUGGACAUAAGCCACCACUAGCUGCCAAGGGUCAGGAAGAAGCUUCCCCUGUGGCCAGGCUAUUCUUUAAUUGUCCAGUAUGGGUUUUCUUGCACCUUCCUCUGAAGCAGCUGGUGCUGGAUCCCAGACUAGGCGGACCACUGGUCUGAUAAUUCCUACGCUCCCAUGGUGGCUCUGUGGGUACCAGGACAACCAACCCACCAAAGCACCACCACCGCAUUUGGUUCUUUCUUUGCCUGUGUCCCUGUUUGCUAAUUUGGGGGGAUAGUUGAAGCCAAUCCUCAGCUGCCAGGCUCCGUGAAAGUCAGGAAGUGACGCUGCUUUACACUAGCUGAGGGUCUGUCCUCUUUGUGGAUAAGCCACCGCAGGGACCGAUGCUGCUCAGAUCUUCCCAGAGUCCAGCGGUGGAAUGGACUGGUCUUUAUUUUGCUUAUCAGUAAUUAGUAAUAAUGGCUCCAGAACCUGGGGGGAAGGAGAGGGCACUUCUCUGCAUUUUGUAACCUCAGC